CUUGCUUGCAUGUGGCCUUGUGAAUGUGUGGAAAUUCGCGAGGCUUACAACGCGGUGCAAAGACCUGCGCUCAGCCGGCUCCGACUGUCCGACAUGGUCCGACGGUCCUACGGUCCGACAAGCUGCGGAGGCACCAGGGCACAGCUGCCAUGAUCGAGUCAAAGUUGGAGUUUGCCAUGCAAACGCACACGCAGAACCUGGCAUCAGCUGUAGAAGCUCUUGACACUUGCCUGGAGCGGAAUCAGGGUCUUGACUUGCUGGGUGUCGCCAUGGCGGACUGCAUUGAGGCCAUCAAGGGUGCAGCGCUGCAUGCCGACGCGCGCGAGGAGCUGGCAAAAUUGUUGGAGAAGGCUGCCGAGGAACUGGGCUCUGGGGUUGUGUCCCGGCGCGGCGCCGACCUCAUCGCGCUGCUGGGGGACUGCGGCAUCCAGGAGCCCAAGCUGGAGUCUGCCAUCAAAGCCGCUUGGGUUGCCGCCUAUGAGGAGUAAGCGGCUGAGCGUCUCACCGCUGUUCAAGUCUGUGUCACCCACUCUGCGUUCCUGGGCAUCGGAACCAUGUUCCGGAAACCC